UCUGGUUUUGUAAAGGUUAAGUUUCGAUUGGGCCAAAUUACCAAACGACACGCCGGCGUUGUUCAACCGAGCCGGUAACCUUACCAACUUAGAUGAGCUUUAUAAAAUCGUACUCAGUUCCGUUUGGUCAUCCAGUGAAGGCAGAACACUUAGUAUCACCGGUUUGGUAGUACCGCACCUUAAACCCGAUCACGAUGGCUCUAGUGUUGCGUCGAAUAUUUGACGAGUAUCACCGCUACAUGACCGAGUACCGGGAUACGAGAAGUGUGGAAUUGCCUUUAGUUGGAUCACCAUGGCCUGUUAUUACCAUCGUUGCCGUAUACCUUUAUAUAGUUUUGAAAGCAGGACCAAAAUACAUGGAACAUCGGAAGGCGUUCGAUCUUAAAGAGGUGAUUCGAGUCUACAAUGCUGUUCAAGUGAUUGCAAAUGGGGUACUGUUUGUCGCAAUUGCCUACCUUCUAUCACUUAGGAGCAACUUUUCCUACAUUUGCCAACCUGUGAACUACGGCAGAACCAGAGAAGGCUAUGAAGAAAUGUUCAUGUCCUAUUGCUAUUUCCUACUUAAGGUACUCGACCUUGCCGACACAGUAUUUUUUAUCCUCCGGAAGAAGCAUUCGCACGUAUCUUUCCUCCACGUGUACCAUCAUGCUCUAAUGGUGAUGAUAACAUAUCUGGCGUUCAUUUUCAUUCCCGGUGGUCAUGCCGUCAUGCUGGGUGUAUGGAACACAUUGGUUCAUGCAGUGAUGUACUUCUACUACUUUUUGGCUUCCUAUGGAAAUCAGUAUUCGAUUUGGUGGAAGAAGCAUCUUACCCGAUUGCAGCUGAUGCAGUUUAUACAUUUGGGACUCCACUUCGGAAUACCCGCAUUAUUCGGAAUAGACUGUGGCUUCCCGCGCUUCUGGCUCUGGAUAGGUUUCCUACAGGCCGUCUUCAUACUCACCAUGUUCCUGGAUUUCUAUUUCAAGUCAUACGUGCGAAAUCGAAAGAGCAGCCGGAAGGCCUAGGUUAAUUAUGUGCAGCUUGGAAUAAUUACUUUGUGAUAGUGACUAGUGGUAUUCCGAUUUGUAUAUAAAUGAGUCUGUUAACGA